GUGGAGCAGAGUUGCUGCUGUUGCUGCUGCGUGAGUAAGAUGGCGGCCGUUGCCGGGGACCGCGCUGAGGCGGGUUAAGCGCCGUCUCCCAGCUCACAGUAGACAGUGUUUAAAGCUUCCCUCCCUUCGUAUUUCCCCCCCGUGACUGCUCAUUGGGGAAAGCGCCUGUGGUGCGGGGCGUUGACAGUCGCCUGGUAACAGUUACUCUCUCUCUCUCUGCUCCCCUCCAUCCCACCACCACCACCACCUCCACUCCUCCCUGUGCCGGCUCCCAGGCCUGGGGCCUUCCCCGGGCUCCCGAUGGACGCGCACGGCAGCAACGUGCCCGCUUUCCUCACCAAGCUGUGGACUUUAAUCGAGGAUCCCGACACCAACGAGCUCAUCUGCUGGAGCGCAAGUGGCAACAGUUUCCAUGUCUUUGAUCAAGGACGUUUUGCGAAAGAAGUGCUUCCAAAAUACUUCAAGCACAACAACAUGGCCAGUUUUGUGCGACAACUCAAUAUGUAUGGUUUCCGUAAAGUUGUAAACAUUGAACAAGGUGGACUUGUGAAACCAGAAAAGGAUGAUACGGAGUUUCAACAUGUAUACUUCAUCCGGGGACAGGAACACUUGCUGGAAAAUAUCAAGAGAAAGGUGACAAAUAUAUCAACAGUCAAGCCUGAAGAGCUGAAAGUCCGUUCAGAUGAUGUAGGUAAAAUUCUAAGUGAUGUCCAAAUCAUGAAAGGGAAGCAGGAAAAUGUGGACAACAAGCUGAUAAACAUGAAGCAUGAAAACGAAGCAUUGUGGCGUGAGGUGGCCAGCCUGCGACAGAAACAUGCCCAGCAGCAGAAAGUCGUAAAUAAGCUAAUUCAGUUUCUCAUUUCACUUGUGCAGUCCAACAGAGUCAUCGGUGUGAAGAGGAAAAUGCCUCUGAUGUUAAAUGAUAGCAGUUCCGCGCAUUCCAUGCCAAAGUACAGUCGCCCAUACUCCUUGGAACCCUUGCAGGAAACGGCAGCACUGACACAAACUUCUGUGAACUUUCCAGGAAACAGCUGCUUUUCACCCGAUAACUCGCUAUCGUCUGGUCCAAUUAUUUCGGACAUCACGGACUUGGCGCAGUGCAGCCCUUCACUCUCCCCGCCUCUUCACAUGGAAAGAAUCAGUCCUCUGCUCAAUAUUAAAGAAGAGCCUCCAAGUCCAAUAGCUCAUCCGGAAAUUGAGGUGGUCUGUCCUGUUGCCAUCGGCACUGAAGAGCCCCUUUCUCCAUCAACCUUCAUCGAUUCCAUCCUGGAGGACAACGACGUUAGCACUGCACAACCACAACCUGAGGACCAAUGUCUCAGUGUGGCUUGCCUUGACAAUUUGAUUCAAGCCCAGCAGAUGCCAGAAGUCAAUUGUGUUAUCUCCAGUCUUUCUUCCUCUACUCAUCCCAGAGCACUGAUAGGAAAUGAUCUCUACAAUCACUUGGAUCGAAUUGAUUCCAGCCUGGAUAACCUACAGAACCUGCUGUCGGGGCAAUCUUUCAGCAUGGAAUCCAGCACACUUUUAGAUCUGUUCAGCCCGUCACUGUCUGCUGUCGAUCUGAAUUUGCCAGAUGUGGAAGGUAACCUUGCUGCAAUGCAGGAUCUUUUGGGCUCACAGGAACAGAAGUGUUUAGAGACACAGUCAAACACGGCAGAUACAGGCAAACAGGUUGUCCAGUACAGCGCGCCCCCUCUGCUGCUGCUCGACACCAACUCCAACGACGCAGGAGACCUCCCCGUCUUAUUCGACGCCGGAGAUUCUCCGUUCUUCUCGCCGGAUGAGAGCCUCACGGACGACGACCCACUCUCCCUCAUAUCAAGCACCAACCUGACACACACAAAGGAUCCUUGCAUCUCCUAACUGUAGGAGCAAACCCUUCCCUCCCCUCCCCCUCCC